AUGUUCGCCGCGAUUCUGGAAUUUUCUAGUGCCGCUGUAAUUGGAGCACAGUUUCAACUGCAUUGUUCAAUCAAACUUAGCCAUCGGUUCAGUGCUCUAGUUUUCCUGAUAGAAGGGAGCGGAGUGACGGAUAUAGUGAUCGGUGAAGCAAUGAAGGAAGCACGCUGGGAUGAACCAUCAUCUCUCAAUUUUGAACUCUUCAGCGAUGACAUGCAAAUCAAAGAGACCGAAUCACUUAAACCAUACUUUAUUGUAAAACACAACUGCGAAGAAGUUCGUAAAUUUUAA